AUGUUGGAUUAGCGUCAAACAUUAAGUGAUAUUAAAAAGCUUAGAAAUACUCCUUAUAUUUAUUACAAAUAAUACCAAUCUAUUGAUAAUAAUCAACAAUAAGAAACAAAAUAAGCAAAACUGAUAGCCAGACCUAAUGUUAGGUAUUUGAUUCAUCUAAUUGCUGAAUGUAGAUCCUCUCAUUUAUCAACAGACAUGAAAACCUGUCAAAAUGGUAACAAGAACAGAACAAAUUAAGGUAAUCAAGCCAAUAGCGUGAAAGAACCAAAACUCAAUCAAAUUAUAGGGCCUUCAGUCUAAAUUAAAAAGCUCCUUCUAAUUCCAAAAGUCAACCCGAUUUGACUGAUGACAAUGAAACCAUUUUCGUACCAUAUCGACAAAGAAACAUUUCCUAAAAUAGUAUCUCAAUUUCAUAUGAUAAUUCUAAUAAAAAACAAAGCUUUUUGCCAGCUAUGAAUCAUUAGGAUCCAAUGUUAUAAACCUUUGGAAAAUAAGUUAUCAUCCUCAAACCCAAGAGAUUCCCUACUGAGAUAUUUUAAGGAAAUGUGAGCAAGAUGAAGAAGCAAUUCUAAUAAAAUUAUUGA